ACAGGUCAGUUAGCAUCACGCUACCAACAUGGCGGUGAACCUCACAGACCUCUCCCUGCCUCAGUUAGAGGGACUCAAAACCCAGCUAGACCAGGAGAUUGAGUUCUUGACGUCUUCAAUAGGUCAGCUCAAAGUUGUCCAGACCAAGUAUGUCGAAGCAAAAGAUAGUUUGAAUGUCCUCAACAAAAACAAUAAAGGAAAAGAAUUGCUCGUUCCCCUUACCAGUUCUAUGUAUGUCCCUGGAACAUUAAAUGACGUGGAGCAUGUUUUAGUGGAUGUGGGAACAGGAUACUAUGUUGAAAAGAACGUGGAAGACUCAAAGGCCUUCUUCAAGCGUAAAGUAGACUUCCUCACAAAGCAGAUAGAGAAAAUUCAGCCUGCCCUUCAAGAAAAACAUGCCAUGAAACAAGCUGUGAUUGAAGUAAUGAACGUGAAGAUCCAGCAGUUACAACAGAGUCAACAAGCGUCACAGAUGGUUGGAACCACAAAAGCCUAAUGAGAACAACUCUUGAGCUCUUUGUGAUUGGGGCAUUUUUAAGUUUGUGGUUAGACAACUUCCAUCACCUGUUGUAGGAUGAAAUUCUGAAGUGCAUGAACCUUGUUGCAAGUUUAACUCGGCUAUUAUCAUAGUAAAGCAGUCAUGUGUACCAAUUUUAAAUUAAUACAAUUGGGUGUUCAGUUACUUUGAUAAUUAAAGAGGUCACUGUGGAUUCAA